AUGUUUCCCUGGGCCCUCUGCUACCUCUCGGGGCCCCACCAGAAGAUAUUUCAGUACUGUGAGGCUGUGAGGGGCUUCAUCCGCCAUGAAAUCAUCAGACACAAGCUCAGGGCCCCAGAGGCCCCCAAGGACUUCCUCAGCUGCUACCUGUCACAGAUCACCAAGACCAUGGAUGACCCCGUCUCCACGUUCAAUGAGGAGAACCUGAUCCAAGUGGUGAUUGACCUGUUUCUGGGAGGCACCGACACCACGGCCACCACACUGAGCUGGGCACUCGUAUACCUGGUCCAUCACAGAGCCAUCCAGGAGAGAGUGCAGCAGGAGCUGGACGAGGUGCUGGGUGCUUCGCAGGCCAUCAGCUAUGAGGAUCGAGAGCGACUGCCCUACACCCGCGCUGUCCUCCACGAGGUGCAGCGACUUAGCAGCGUUGUGGCUGUGGGCGCUGUGCGUCAGUGUGUGACUUCCACCCGGAUACAUGGCUACUAUGUGCCCAAGGGUACCAUCAUCUUGCCUAAUUUGGCCUCUGUGCUGGGAGACCCCGAGUGCUGGGAGACCCCUCAGCAAUUCAACCCUGGCCACUUCCUCGACAAGGAUGGAAACUUUGUGACCAAUGAGGCCUUCCUGCCCUUCUCUGCAGGGCAUCGGGUGUGUCCUGGAGAGCAGCUUGCUCGAAUGGAGCUCUUCCUGAUGUUUGCCACCCUCCUCAGGACUUUCCAGUUUCAGCUACCAGAAGGGAGCCAGGGCCUCAGACUGGAAUAUGUCUUUGGGGGGACACUGCAGCCUCAACCCCAGAAGAUUUGCGCAGUGCUUCGCCUGAGCAGCCUCCCUAGGGAGGAGGGCCCGUAGUCACUAGGAGUAAGCAGACCUGCCACUUCAGCCGCCAACAACGCUCUCAGCCCUGCAAAAUCAGACAACAGGAAGAAGUGGGUUUUCACCUAGCUUAGCUGCCCACAGUCUCACACUGAUCUGAUGAUAAUCCCAGCAAAUGGACUUGGCAGGGGUCCAGCACCAGUCACUAACUGGGCCUGAGGGUUCAGUUCUUAGAGUAAGAUAAUUCUGUUUUGGCAGAGGAGGAUUUUGUAGCAUUUGGUAAGGCCCGACACUGAAUCAGUUCACAUAGAUCAUUUGGAGGAAGUCAAGUGGCUCAAUGUAGCCAAGUAGAUUCAAAGGGAAAGACUUUCCCAUAAUACUAUAAAUAGUAGU